ACGAGGAGCCCCUUCUGCCGAACUGCUGGGCACAGAGGGCUCCUCUCUUGAAAGAUCCAGCUCUUUUCUCUUUUCGAAGGGGGCUGUUUGUCGUCCUUCUUCUUCUUCUGUGGGGAGCCUGGGCGCAGAAGCAGAGCAUGAGCCAGUGCCAGCCUCGCAGGACCGUCUCCCCGGGGAACGGGGCCCGGAGGAACGACAGCCAGGACUACCUGCUGAUGGACUCGGAGCUGCCGGAGGAGAGCUGCCUGGCCGCCUAUGGCUACUUCCCGGGCAGAGGUACUGACAACAGGCAUGUUCUCCGACAACAGACUGUAGUUCGAGAGAAAGGCAGGCGGCUUGCUAACCGAGGUCCAGCAUAUAUGUUUAAUGACCGUUUAACCAGCCUUUCUAUUGAAGAGGAGCGUUUUUUGGAAGCAGCAGAGUACGGCAAUAUUCCUGUCAUUCGUAAAAUGCUGGAGGAAUGUCCCUCACUCAAUGUGAAUUGUGUAGACUACAUGGGCCAGAAUGCAUUGCAGCUGGCUGUAGCAAAUGAACACCUGGAAAUCACAGAACUUUUACUUAAAAAAGAAAACCUGUCACGUGUUGGGGAUGCCCUACUCUUAGCCAUUAGCAAAGGUUAUGUCCGAAUAGUAGAAGCCAUCUUGAGUCAUCCUGCAUUCGCUGAAGGCAAGAGACUAACCACCAGUCCCAGCCAAUCAGAGCUGCAACAUGAUGACUUUUAUGCAUAUGAUGAGGAUGGAACUCGUUUUUCUCAUGAUGUGACUCCAAUCAUCCUAGCUGCUCACUGCCAGGAAUACGAAAUUGUACACACGCUGCUGAGAAAAGGAGCUCGGAUUGAGAGGCCUCAUGACUAUUUCUGCAAAUGUAGUGAAUGCAAUAAGAAGCAAAAGCACGACUCUUUCAGCCUUUCUAGGUCUAGGAUCAAUGCCUACAAAGGUCUGGCAAGCCCUGCUUACCUGUCUUUAUCUAGUGAGGACCCAGUAAUGACUGCCUUAGAACUUAGCAAUGAGCUAGCUGUGCUCGCUAAUAUUGAAAAAGAAUUCAAGAAUGAUUACAAAAAGCUGUCAAUGCAGUGCAAAGACUUUGUGGUUGGACUACUUGAUUUGUGUAGAAAUACAGAAGAAGUGGAAGCUAUUCUAAAUGGAGAUGUUGAACUGAACCAUGGAGAGCAUGGACGUCCUAGCCUUAGCCGCUUAAAACUUGCCAUAAAGUAUGAAGUCAAAAAAUUUGUAGCACAUCCAAACUGCCAGCAGCAGCUCCUCUCUAUCUGGUAUGAGAAUCUGUCAGGUUUACGACAACAGACCAUGGCCGUGAAGUUUUUAGUGGUUCUUGCUGUUGCUGUUGGGCUGCCGUUCCUGUCAGUGGCUUACUGGAUUGCUCCAUGCAGUAAGUUGGGUAGGAUAAUGCGUGGACCCUUCAUGAAGUUUGUGGCACAUGCAGCCUCUUUUACCAUUUUUCUUGGGCUAUUGGUCAUGAAUGCAGCAGAUAGGUUUGAUGGCACCAAGCUGAAGCCUAAUGAAACCAAUGUAGAUGGUGGAAAGCAGCUGUUCAGGAUGAAAACAUCAUGCUUCUCAUGGAUGGAGCUGCUUAUUAUCUCGUGGGUAAUAGGUAUGAUAUGGUCUGAAUGUAAAGAAAUUUGGUCUCAAGGUCCCAAGGAAUACCUGUUUGAGUUGUGGAAUAUGCUAGAUUUUGGUAUGCUAGCUAUUUUUGCAGCUUCAUUCAUUGCAAGGUUUAUGGCCUUUUGGCAUGCUUCCAGAGCCCAGAACAUUGUUGAUGCUGAUACAGACUUGACAAACUUAUCAAGUGCAACGUUGCAGCCAAACAUAAAAUACUACACUUUGGCAAGAAUAGACUGGGAUCCAUCUGACCCUCAAAUAAUAUCUGAAGGCCUGUACGCAAUAGCUGUGGUUUUAAGUUUCUCAAGAAUCGCAUACAUUCUGCCAGCCAAUGAAAGCUUUGGACCACUGCAGAUAUCACUUGGUAGAACUGUGAAAGACAUUUUCAAGUUCAUGGUCAUAUUUAUCAUGGUUUUUGUGGCCUUCAUGAUCGGAAUGUUUAAUCUGUACUCUUACUACCUGGGAGCAAAACAAAAUGAAGCAUUCACUACAGUAGAAGAAAGCUUCAAGACAUUGUUCUGGGCAAUAUUUGGACUCUCAGAAGUAAAAUCAGUUGUCAUAAAUUAUAAGCACAAAUUUAUUGAAAACAUUGGCUAUGUCCUCUACGGUGUUUAUAAUGUCACCAUGGUUAUUGUUCUGUUGAAUAUGCUUAUUGCAAUGAUCAACAGCUCUUUCCAGGAGAUUGAGGAUGAUGCUGAUGUGGAAUGGAAAUUUGCAAGAGCAAAACUAUGGUUCUCCUAUUUUGAGGAGGGCAGAACACUCCCAGUACCUUUCAAUUUAGUGCCUAGCCCUAAAUCUCUGCUUUACCUCUCACUCAGAAUAAAGAAAUUAAUAUAUAAAUUAUUAAUGUGCCAUAAAAAGGGUUUUCAGGAAGAUGCUGAGAUGAAUCAGUUGAAUCAACGUAAACAGUCAAGUAUAAGAAGCAUAGAUGACCUCAAUUUAAACAGUUUAAGUAAUCCACAAAGGAAGUACCAGAAAAUUAUGAAACGGCUUAUUAAGCGAUAUGUAUUGAAAGCUCAAGUAGACAAGGAGAGUGAUGAAGUCAAUGAAGGUGAGCUGAAAGAAAUUAAACAGGACAUCUCAAGCCUCCGUUAUGAACUCCUUGAAGAAAAAUCACAGAACACAGAAGACCUGGCAGAACUCAUCAGAAAACUUGGGGAGAAACUGUGUAUUGAGCCAAAGCAGGAACAAAGUAACAGAUGACAUGAACUUCUUUCUGAAAAGAGAGGGGAAAAAACUCCAAGCUGGCUAGUCCAAUGAAAGCCAUAUCAUUUCUAUCUUUUUCUUCUUCUUCAAACAUAAUUGCCACUUUUGCAGCCGAUAACAGAAGCAGACACAUCUUGAAUGGAUCAUUUUUCUUUUCUUUUCUUUUCUUUUCUUUUUCUUUCUUAUUUUAUUUUUUAUUUUUGGUAACUGGGGAAACCAGCAGUUGAUCGGUCAUAUUUUCAUCCACAGAGGAAAAACCCAGCCAUUUUUUGAAUCAUCUUAAAAUUUUAAAAAUGCAUAAAAUAUGGUUUGAGUAACUGCAUGAUUAAAGACUUUAAUUGCUGGUUCUAUUGACACCAAGGAAGUCUCUCACUUUUUGUUACACACACACACACACACCCCUUACACCUUAGUCAUAGGGACAUAUAUCUAAAGUAUA